CAUACUCCACCAUACUUGCAGGUGGAGUAUGGCAUACUGCAGUCUCUGUUUUGGAGAAAAUAAAUAAGGAUGGUGCAUCUCAUGGUGUCAAAGAUGCAGAGAUCAGAGAGUGGUGUGAGGGGUUGGGAGCAUUGGGGUGAUCUCCUUUGCUGCAGGUGUGACCUUGUGGACCGCAAACACCGAAUGGAAAAUACAAUUUGUAUAUUUUCUACCUUUGGGGUGGUGUUUGUGCCAAUGGGUCCGAGGAGCAUUGGAGCCUUGAGAUGGAAGGUGGACUCUCUACUGUUGUGUUCAGGCUCUGCAGCUUCACCCUGCCAAACCGUGCCUCAUCCAGUCCAUGACACUGGCGUCACUCCAUUUGUUUGUGAUUUUAAUUUGUUCGUCUCCUCCUUUCCGUUCAACCAUCACCGGUACAAGCGCAUUUAGAACUUUCUAGAGCAGCCUUAGCCAAAAGUCAACAUCCAAGCCUUAACCUGGAGGCUUGUGUGUAGUUCAAACACUCAAACAAAUGUUAGUUCAGGUACACAUUUUUCAACUAUGCGCUGUCGUCAUGGAGACAGCCAGGAAGACCGAACGACAUCAAGUCUCCGAUUGCAACUGGCCAACUGCAGAACUGAGUUAAUCGACUGGCAGCCGGUCAGCAAUACAGCAAAUAAAGAGGUCAUUCAGGAUAUAUGGGAUCGGUUAGCAAUGCCUGCGUGCCUCGUUCUUUCCGCUGUGCUGACUGCAUCCCCAGAGGGAUCAUAGCCACCUGGAGAAUUUGUGUAUGCUAAGCAGGUUCACAUGGAGGCAGCAGCGGUGUGGCCAUGGCACUGGGUGGAGGGUAGCCAGCCAACCCAGUGUGACCGAACCAGUCAUGUGGCAGUGGGCCGUUAACGAUCACAUUGGGGUGACACAUCUCAGCCAGCCAGAGAUUCCCAUAGUUUCUCCUUUUACCAUUCCACUACCAUGCUCAUCUUGUGCAUAUUUAUUUAAUACUUGUUUAGCAGUAAAGGCUUAAUUGAAGCUCUUACUGCAGUACCGCCCACUGUCAUCUGCAGAUUCCUGCGUUAAAAGGCGAAGGGCCUUCUGCGUUAUUCAUUAGUGAUCUCGCACACAUUUUGCUCAAGAUUGACAAUUGUCAGCAUAAACAAACAGUUAUACAUAAUGAGAUGCACUCCCCAUUUUGACUGGGGAAAGACUCCCCAACACUUCAGAGAGGGUAAUGAGUGGUGUCUCUUCUCCAUUCUUCCUCCAUCGUCCAGCUAUGUUUGCAUGAAGAUCCAAACUGAAAUGAUGAUUUGGCUUAAGAUGAAUUUGCCCUCAGGCUGGAAAACUGACCAAAAUUUUGAAGACUGGUGAACAGAGGCUGGCCCUCAGUUCCCUGUUCUCUGGACAGAGAUCUCUGAUUGUGGGGGGUGGGGGUGGGGUUUUAACCGUAUCCCCUUCAUCUGAACUCAUGGUCUUGUGUCAAAAAAUGAACAUUUGUUUGUAUCUGUUAGGGUAAUAUCUUAAAAAUUGGGUCUGGAUCAGCUUUUCUAAAGGCCUCAUUACUGAAUGGCAUGAAUGAUUGAAUAGAGAGGGAGAAAUGAAAAAGGUAAUGACUCCCACACUGUGCACCUUGGGGAGGGACUCGUCCUCUUAUUGCCCAUGCAUAUAGAGAUGAAUAUGGCAUCCAGAUGAAUGGGGAAAGCGGGAGGUGGGGGAUUUGAACAAAUCGGCCUCAUGCCACACUGUGCUGUGCAGAUCUGGAGCUGCUCCAUGGCAGCAUCUAUGCAGUGAUGAGGUUACUAUGGCAACUCAGAUGAGGUAGUAGAGGAGGAAGGGGGGGAGGCUGGGGAAACCACCUCAGCAAAAUUUCCACAGAAGAUGUAGAGAGAGAGAAGGACUGACUUCCCUCCCUAUAUGACAACAGCAAAUCAGUCAGCUGCCGGCCAGUUCUUAUUCUCUUUUGCGAUUGGCUGCUAAGCUUGGACCUGAUAGUGUGGGGCGUUCUGGUUGGCUUGCACGCAGCUGCAGUGAGGAUGCAGAUUUCUAGGGGGCCUCUUUUUUUACUGCAUUACUCAUCACUAAUGCGGAACCGGCGUAGAGUGCUUGCUUGUGGCAUGCGCUGCAACUACUGCCGAUAGCUGCUGCAUGCCACUCGCAGGGACGUGCUGGCCCAGUCUGGCUUUUCCUGAAACCUAGACGGCAUCCUUUUCUGCCAGAGCAUGGUUAUUAACAACCGUGGUGCCACUUUGACAUAGGAUCACAGUCUUCCGUCUGCAAAAUUUAGCCGGAGAGAUUCCCUACUGAGGUAAAGCAGUCUUAUAGAUUUUCUUUUUUGUUUUUCGGCACAUGGAUACGGCGAAGAUGCAGGGCUCCUGAGAGAGACAGCGUGAGGAGAAAGGCUCUUCUUUUGCAGGGUAUUUGGGGUGAGCUGCUCGUGUUUAAGGACAUUCCCAAAUACAAUAUUCAGCCUGUCCUGACCUCUCCACGAUGUUUCUGCUGUGAGUGUCUGUAUUUGUGUACUUGUAGCUGUGCAUUUACCUCUGACGUGAAUAUGUAAGUGAAUGUGAUUAAGUCUGUAAGUGUGUGUGUCCGUGGCUGUGUGCGGCUGUGGGGAAAGUCAGGCGGCCCAAGUUGUGUGCCUCCGUUGUACCUGACUCUUUGGAGCAGUGCACUGUGGGAAGGGAUGCUGUUGGAGAUCUGCCGGUCCGCCUUGCGCUGGCUCUCAGGAGCUGGGGGGGCCUCGUGUGAUCCCGAGGGUGAGCUGGUCACCAGGAGCUACAGGACAGGAGAGGAAGAGGAGAACAAGCAAGGGGGGCUGGGCUCAGAGCCCCGGUCAGACCCUCCGGCAAGAAGCGCGGAGAGCCUGGAGGCAGGGAAGCGGACCGCAGUGCUCAUCAUGGUGACACCACCACCGGACUUCCAGCAGGAUUUCUCUACGUAUCGAAGCUGGCGAAAGAAAAUUGUAAAAGCUGGGGACAAGGACCUAGAUGGACAGCUGGACUUUGAGGAAUUUGUCCACUACCUUCGUGACCAUGAGAAGAAGCUGAGGCUCGUUUUCAAGAGUCUAGACAAGAAGAAUGAUGGUCACAUUGACUCGCAGGAGAUCAUGCAGUCCUUGAAGGACCUUGGGGUACACAUCUCAGAGCAGCAGGCAGAGAAGAUCUUAAAAAGAAUCAGGAGGGGGCAUAUCUGGGCCCCUAUCGCGUACAUGGAUAAGAACGGGACAAUGACAAUCGACUGGAACGAGUGGAGGGACUACCACCUGCUUCACCCUGCCGACAACAUCCCGGAGAUCAUCUUGCACUGGAAGCAUUCCACGAUAUUUGAUGUUGGUGAGAGUUUACUGGUGCCAGACGAGUUUACGGCAGAAGAGCGGAAGACUGGCAUGUGGUGGCGCCACCUGGUGGCAGGAGGAGGUGCAGGCGCCGUGUCCCGUACAUGCACUGCACCACUGGACAGGCUCAAAGUGCUCAUGCAGGUCCACGCCUCCAGGCGUAACAGUAUGAGCAUGACUGGAGGCUUCACCCAGAUGAUCCGAGAGGGCGGACUGCGCUCACUGUGGAGGGGGAAUGGCAUCAACGUCAUCAAGAUCGCUCCCGAGUCUGCCAUCAAGUUCAUGGCCUAUGAGCAGAUCAAGCGCCUGUUGGGAAGCAAGCAGGACUCCCUUGGGAUCAUGGAGCGACUGGUCGCCGGUUCCCUGGCAGGAGCCAUCGCUCAGAGCAGCAUAUACCCAAUGGAGGUCCUGAAGACCCGCCUGGCCUUGCGGAGGACUGGCCAGUACUCUGGCAUCGUAGACUGUGCCAAGCAUAUCUUUCAGAAAGAGGGACUGACGGCGUUUUACAAGGGCUACAUUCCCAACAUGCUGGGCAUCAUUCCCUACGCGGGUAUUGACCUGGCCGUGUACGAGACACUGAAGACCUCAUGGCUGCAGCGGUAUGCCACAGACAGCGCCGACCCUGGUGUGUUUGUCCUACUGGCCUGCGGGACCACCUCCAGCACGUGCGGCCAGCUGGCCAGCUACCCAUUGGCGCUGGUCCGGACCCGCAUGCAGGCACAAGCCUCCUUGGAGAGCGGACCUCAGAUGACCAUGACUGGACUUUUCAGGCAUAUUGUGCGGACAGAAGGGGUGACUGGGCUUUACAGGGGCAUCGCCCCCAACUUCAUGAAGGUCAUCCCAGCGGUCAGCAUCAGCUACGUGGUGUACGAGAACCUGAAGGUGACCCUUGGUGCAGCGUCAUAACAAGUCAAGGCCAGCAGAUCCACAGUGGGGCUCUUUCAGGAGUUUAAGGGACAUAUGGGACAAGCCUGGAUCAAUUACCCCCUCCCCUGAGCAUUUGCACAGCCAUCUCAUCAGUGGGAAUCCAGUGGAGGGUGGGCAGCUUCAGAGACUAGGGAGUGGGGGAAGAUAACUGACACUGCUCUGGAGGAAGAGGAGUAAUCAUCACACCUGCUUCUAGUUUAUUUAUUUCUAGUGUUUUUUCAACUUUAAUUGUAUUUUAAUCAUCAAGAAAUGAACCACAUUAACUCCAAGUCACUGCAGGGCCCUGAUAUUAUAUAUUUAACAAUAAAAAUGCAUGUGAUGUAAAGGCUGCAAAAGGUUACAGUGGUAACACUUCCUAGGAGGGAGGAUACUUAUUUUUUGAGUCUGUGCUGCUAAGUGGCUGCUUAUUCAAGCUUUCAGCAACUUCAAUGUAUGCAGUGCCAGUGCCUCCCAGCGGGUGGCAGUGUUGAUCAACCACGCUGGUUAUAAGGAUAUUAAUACAAAACACAAAGUGCAAAGGAUCGGUUUGCUUUUGUUUUGGUCAUCUUAGUUUAACUAAAAAUUCCCCUAAUAUAUAAACACUUUCUCUUGUAUUUGCAUUAAUACUUUAUCACUCUCCCUGAAGAGAAACCAUUUUGAAUUCGUUUGUUAGGUUUCCAUUUAAAUUAUUUUCUUUAAUCCGUUUAAGGCACAUAUCCCUAUUCCUGUUGCAUGGAGCCAAACUUGUAUGACUAUAAAGUGGACAAAUAUAAUACAAGAGAGGAAAUUGCCUUAUCGGUCUGAAUUGUCAAGAGCAGUUGUUGAGAUAACAAUUGUCAAUAAUUUAUUUUUAUACCUCCUGAAGAACAUUUUAAAUGGACCUGUUUUGUAGACACUGCAUGGAGAGCAGGUGCGGCAUUAACAAGUUUCUUUAAGUUAAAUCGUUUAGUUUCAUUGCAGAGCUCGAAAUUUCUUGAGCUCUUUGUGUAAAUUUGACUACCGAAAACAUGGUGACUUUUCAGAUGCAUCCGGACUAGCCAAGGAUGAGGUGUAUGGAAUGGUAUAGCAGGAGAUGUAAUCCCCUUAUCAGUGUUUGUACUCACUGCACUGCAAAAACAAGGCCGCUGUUUACUUCACUUCAUGGUGUGUAGAUUUAACUAAUGUAGUUGAAUAACACUUAAGCACUUUAAAAUUAACUCUCUUUAACCAUGUUUUAUUUUCUUUGUCAGUCAAUCAGAUGCAGUCAGUUUUUCUUAACUGAUGGUAAAAUAUGCCCUGGCGUUAUUGGUUCGUUUAGGACGUGUUUUUGUUUUAUGAAAAAUUGUGGAAAUGCUGUUUGACCAUAAUGCCUAAUUUACAUAAAUAAUUUUCAUGCACCUGAGGGAUUCCCUUGCUUUAAGAUUCUUGUCUGACAAUGUCCAGUAUUUUUAUGGGGAGGAAAAACCCAGAAAAACACUUUUAUCCCCCCUCUGCUGUUAGAAUUUCGCCUCGGCCGUCACUGUUGCCUUAUAUCGCAUGAAACCGAUUGUUAGACUUCAAAGGGGCAGGGGCUACCCCAAACCCUAGGGGGAGCUGUGGGUGGGGGAACUGGUUGACUUUUCAUUUUAUGUUUACCUCUCAGGGAGGACUUGGACAGAAGGAAGGGGAAUCCGUUUACUGAAAUGACUAAAUUGCACUUCUCUUAGUUGGUCUUAAAUUCCUUUUCAGUACGGAAUUCCUGUUCAUUUCUGUUUCCCGGUAAUGUUAUGCUCGCCUUUAGUUUUUGACGGAAUGACUUCCCUCCCUUUCAAAAUGUUAUUUAUGCUUGGUAACAAUUAUGUAAAAUGUGCACAGAUUUUAUGUGCAUUGUAGAAUAAACGUGGCAUGACCAGAAAGGAUACCAUGAUGGUUUGGCCUUUAUAAUUAAAGACAGAGCUUCAUUUACUUUCAUAUACUCUCACCAGCCCAGGAUUGUAUUCUGGAGCCUGUCCAUCACCCCAAAACACAAAUUUAAAUGUUUAGUGAAAUCACCACCCAGAUACACAUCCCAUAAUAAUCUAAUCAUCUAGGCAGCUAAUCUAUAAGAAUGCUGCUUUACUGUGUCUAGAUAACAGUUUGAUCUACAUGCAAGCAAUGCAUAGACUAUAGAUGAGUGAACUUUCAUCCUUUUGAACAUCCUUCUGAAACAUUUCCAUACUACUGCUUAAAAAUGACUGGCAUGAUGCUUGUUUGGACUUAACCCUGAUUACUGGCUGACAUGUGACUCUCAUGAUGUGCAGACAUUUGGUGGAAAAAGUCUCAAGUCAAACCUCCUUUAGCUAACAAGUGGAACCGAAAUGUCUGUGUAGCAAAACAUAUCUGUACUUAAGCAUCAACCUAGAUCUGUUUUGUAAAAGAGAAUAUUGUGAUGUGGUGCAAUGAGCAAUGCAAAAUCUGCCAUGUUUAGGUUCGUUUCUUUGUUUUUGUUUGCUUAUUAAAAACCCUAAUGUGAUAUGUAGAAUAUGAUUGAAUGAAUGUCAUUUAUGUUGUUAUGGGAACAAGUGUAAAAUAAAGAUAUACUUAGCUGA